AUGGCUAAUGAUGGAAGGAUAUUGAUCCACGCUAGCGUCAUUGCUGUCAAAGAUGAUCAGAUAUUAUAUCCGUGUUGUAAACAAUGCUAUUCCAAACUCCAACAUGAAGAGUAUGAAAAAGAGUGGAUAUGUUUUAAAUGUAGUAUAGUAUAUGAAGAAAGUAAACUAGAAUGGAGAUUUCGGCUCAGUAUAACAGUGGCAGAGAAAGCUAGUGUAACUGAUAUAGCUUUAUUUGGUAAAACUCUAGAACCAUACUUUGGUACAUCUGCUGAAAGAUUUCAUAGGUAUUUCACUUGUUCUGUGUUUCUAGGAAAAAUAGAUGAAGAUAAUUUACUGGAAGAAAACAUGCUUUUAAGCGCUUUAGAAGAGACUUUUGUCGGACAAAGUUUUAUAUUUGGUAUU